AUGGCUACGGCUGUAUUAGAUGUCGACUACUUAUCGGCCUAUCUGAGUGUCCCUCAACAGACUCUCAGCUUCGCCAUCGACUCACCAACCGCUGAGCUUGUCCGAUUGGUCCUCGAAGCUGUCACGGCGAAGGCGCGCGAACACGAUGAGCUCGCCGCAGAUAAACUUCGCGUGGAUAUCGAGUUGGAGAAUUCAGUGAGGGGCUCAGAGACUCGCAUUGAGGGUCUGCGCACAAAUAUCGAGAAGGCGCAGAAAACCGUUGAAGAGGUUCGCACGAAGUUGAAGGAAGAAGAGAACGCCAGAUCAUCCCUCGAGAGCGAACUGCAAUCACUGAAGUCCUCAUCGACCUCUUCAACAUCCGAAGCAGAGACACUACGCGUACGAAUCGCAUCUCUCGAAGCCGCAAAUCGCGACACGAUCGCAGUACUUGAGUCGAAGACAACCGCAAACGAUAACCUUUCUCGGGAUCUACAAAAGCAACACCAAAAGGGACUAGAGCUCAGUCAACAGCUCACAGUGGUUCAGCAACAAGUUCAGAGCGCGAAUGCCGCUGCAUCGAGUGCUAAAUUCCGAGAGCAGUCUCUCAAGCAAGAGAUUGAGCUUGCGAAACGCAAUAAUGAGUGGUUCGAGAACGAGCUAAAGACGAAGAGCGCGGAGGCAUUGAAGUACCGAAAGGAAAAGGGGGCACGAAUUGCCGAGCUUCAACGUCUGAACGAAGACACGACCUCCAAUCUUGAAGCUUUGAAGAAGACAGAACAAGUACUGAGAAAUCGUGUGGAUGAGCUUCAAAAGAAAGUGGAAGAAUCGCUCGGAAAAGUGCAACAGCUUCAAGAAGCAGCCGCGAAGUCAGAAGAAGGAUACCGCCAGGAGCUAGAGAGUGCCAACCGACUCGCCGAACUUCAGGCUCAGCAAUCGGAAACUCACAAAAACAGACUCAAGGAGGUUGAGGCAAGCUUGGAGAAGGUCAAGGACGAUGCAGCAGAGGAAGUUGGGCGAUGCCAAUCGGUAAUGGAAGCAGAAAGACAAGAGCGGGCAGCUCUGGAGCAUCGUAUUACUGAACUGGAAGCCGACAACGACCGUCUUGAAGCCAUCAUCGCUACCCGCCCAGGAUCUGUCCCGGGAACACCUCGCCAAGGCCUUAAUGGAAGAGCAGGGUCGCCUGCCCAGUUUGGAACUCCUGGGUCCGUACGCAAAACCAAUGCCAUGACUGCGACCCAGUUUGCCGAAGAAAACUUCAAACUUCGUAACUUGUACCAAGCUGAGAAGCGACGGGGUGACCGCCUUGCAGCCGAGGUGGACGAAAUGAUGCAAGGCUUGGAGGCUAAGCAGCCAGAGAUUGAAGAGGCCCAGGCUGAGAAUGGACGUCUUCAACAAGAAGUCAUCGAAAUGUCAAGAUUCGUCGACCAAACUGGAAAGGAGAGAGACCGUGCAAAGAAGGAUGCUAGGAGAGCAGAGAGUGAAGCUUCCACAGCUAAGGCAGAGGUGAAUAUCCUGCAGCAACAACUUCGAGAUCUCAGUGCCCAAGUCAAGAUGCUACUAAGCGACUUGGAUGCCCGAGAACGCGGGCUUGGUGCAUUGAGCCCCGAGGAACAGGCCCAGCUUGAGCGUCUGGCUCGAGGAGAAGUCAGCGAGGAAGCAUUCGAAGGACUCACCGACACCGACCGAUUCAUCAGCCAGCGGCUGACAGUAUUCCGCAGUGUUAGCGAACUGCAAGAAAAGAACCAAGAGCUUCUCAAGAUCACUCGACAACUAGGUGCCCAGAUGGAGAGCGAGGAAGCACUUGCUGCAAAGCAUCAGGCAGCCAAAGACCAUGAGGAAGUGCGUAAUCUCCAGGCAAAAAUUGAGAACUAUAAGGAUGAACUGCAGUCCAUGAUCACCCGUUCGGAAAGCUACAUUAAGGAAAGAGAUAUGUUCCGUCGCAUGCUUCAACAUCGUGGCCAGCUUCCAGCCAACUCAGAUCUUGCGUCUCUGUUUGGUCAAUCGGUCGAUGGAAACCAGAAUGGCUUGAUGCAAUCGACCGAGCAGACUCCGGGCAACCGAGAAAAUGCUUACUUGCUGCGCGAACUUCAGGCUCAUUUCGACCAGUACAGAGAGGAGCAGUCCACCGAUCGGCGCACCAUGAAAGAGCAAAUCGAGAGAUUGUCCCAGGAGAAGGGUGCUCUGCAGGCUGAAAUUGCCAAAAUAAACAGCCAACUUACGCUGAACAGUGAAAGAUAUGACCUGCUCAACUCUAACUACUCGAUGCUGCAGAACGAAAACUCGGAGUUGCAAAAGCGGUCGCAACUUCUCUCAGAUUCAGCAGCCAAGCAAGAUUUGCGAACUCAACAAGUCGCCGAGGAUCUUGUCGAAGCUAAAGGACUUGUGGAGAGUAUGCGUAACGAGAACGCUAACCUGAAGGCGGAGAAGAAACUAUGGAAAGACAUCCAGGAGCGUUUGAGCCAUGAUACCGAAGAACUCAUGAAUGAACGCACACGACUGAACGCUCUGAUUGCCAAUCAACAGACACUGCACAACGAGCGCGAAUUAUCUGAUUCCGAGACCAGACGCAGGUUGACGGCCCAAGUAGAAAGCCUCGAAAGCGAGCUGAAUACGACCAAACGUAAACUCAGUGAUGAGAUUGAUGAUAGUAAGAAGGCUCAAUUACGGAAGGAAUACGACUCUCAACAAAACCAGAAGCGUAUUGACGAUCUCGCGUCGAGUCUCAGCCAAGUUAGGGAAGAGCUAGUGGCUGCGAAGACAACCCGCGAUCAUCUGCAAUCACGAGUGGACGAGCUUACGAUCGAGUUGAAGAGCGCAGAGGAGCGAGUAGAGCUUCUCCAGCCCAGACCAACGCCUCGACCAGGUGCCAACGCCGAGACCGACGGUACGAAUGGAGAUGCCUCCGAGGCAGAUAUUAGCAGGGAGCAGGAAUUGGCAAUUGAGGUUUCGGAGUUGAAGAGGGAUUUGGAACUCGCCAAAUCAGAGCUUGAGAAUACGAGGAACCAAAUGGAGCAAUACAAGUCCAUUAGUCAAUCGUCCGAGGAGGAGCUGGCCAGCCUCAACGCAACCCAGGACCAGUACCGCGAGGAGAUGGAUAGCAUCGUAGAAGAGAAGGACACCAAGAUCCGCGAGCUUGAGCAGAGAGUCGAUGAUAUCUCGUCCGAACUGACUAAUACUAACAACGAAUUGACCUCACUACGAAAUGGCCAGUCAGAAGUUGCUCGUCAAGCCGAGGAAGAGAAGGCGGCUCUCCAAGCGGAGAUUUCUCGACUCAAGGACGAGGAUGAGAAGCAUGCGACGGCGGCACAGUUUCACCAGCAGGAUCUUCGUGCACAGGCGGCCAUCGCAACCAAGGCCCAGCAGGAUUACGAAAAUGAGCUUGUCAAGCAUGCUGAAGCUACGAAAUUACUCUUGGCUCUCCGAGCGGAGCAUAAUCAACUCAAGAGCGAAUCUUCCACUCUCAAGGCCGAGGCCGAAUCUGCCAAAGUAACUUUGAGUCAAAGCCAAAGCUCGUGGGAGGAUCGACGAGAGCAAUUCGAGAAGGAGUUGAAAGAGCUAAGAACCAGACGUGAUGAUCUCAAUUCCCAGAACAAGCUACUUCAUCAACAAUUGGAGGAUGUUGGAGCACAGAUCAGUGGUCUCCAGCAAAGCCGCGCAGUAGAAGCUGGGUCCGCAGAAGUAGAGUCCACCGGCGAUCGUAAUGCGGAUGGCCUCCGAGAACUCAAUGUGUUCCUGAGACGAGAGAAAGAAAUCGUGGAAGUACAGUAUGAGAUGAAGGUCCAAGAAGCCAAGCGUCUGCAACAGCAGCUUGACUACGCCCAGUCUCAACUUGACGAGACCAGACUCAAACUUGAGCAAGAGCGCCGACAAAAUGCAGAUGGAAGCCGCAGCUCCGUUGCGCACAAAGACCUCAUGGAGAAGCUCAGCGAACUGAACCUGUUCCGCGAGAGCAGUAUCACUCUCCGUAAUGAAGCCCGCCAAGCCCAGAGUCAGCUAGCCGAGAAAACCAAGCGAGUGGAAGAUCUAUUGGGACAGAUACAGCCGUUGGAGACCAGGAUCCGGGAGCUUGAGCAAGGAAAAGAGACGACGAGUGAGGAGAUGCGAUUGUUGCAGGAGGAUCGGGACAGAUGGCAGAAGCGUACUCAAGACAUCAUUUCAAAGUACGACCGAAUCGACCCAGCCGAGAUGGAACAACUCAAGGAGACCAUCGAAUCACUACGAGCUGAGCGAGAUAACUUGGUCGAGGAGCAACAGCCUUUGCAGGAGAGGAUCCAGGGCCUGGAAGCCGAUAAGGCCACUUGGCAGCAGUCACGAACCAAAUUGAUUGACCAAGCGAAGGAGCGUAACCGAAUCAACUUGAACCAGAACAAGGAGCGCACAGCCGAGAGAGAUGCUGCAAUCCAGGAGAAGGACAAUCUUCAGCAGCAACUUACAGGCCUCCAGGAAGAACUUGAGACUGCUGUCCAAGAGAAAGAGGCUGCUCAGCAGCAACUUCAGUCUAUCAGCCAGGAACUCGAAACGGUCAAAUUCGAGCGUGAUCAAGCCUUGGCCGAUGUUUCUAAACUCCGCCAGACUGCUGCUAUUCCUGCAGCUAUACCGCAAAGCGACCCAGCCCUUAAUACACAAAUUGCUAAACUACGUAGCGAGCUUGAAGACGUGAAGAAAGAAAAGUCUUACUUGGAGACGCAGAUCAAGGAACUGGGAGAACAACUCGAAAAGUCCAAUUCCGAACGAGCCAACGCCAUCGCAGGAGCUUCAGAAGCAAGAACCAAUCAAGCAGCCCAAGCUUCUGAUGCCGCUAUUCAAAACGAAACGGAAGAAGGCCAAAUUGACGAAAUCCCUACCUCAGGACUCGCAGAUGAGCAAAGAAAAGCCUUGGAGGAUCGUAUUGCUGGAGCGGAGUCCAAGGUCAAGGAGGCAGAGGCGAAGGUCAGCAGGAUGGAGGAGGAGAUGGAGAGCAAGCUACGGGAACGCUCCGAGAAGAUGAAGACCGCGUUGAACAAGAAGCUUGCCGAGUCGAGAGAGGCUCAGAAGGCCGAAGUUGCAGCCGAGUUUGAUAUGCGGUUGGAACAGGAGAAAGCAAUUUGGCUGGCGGAAAACAAAGCUGUUCAGCCUGCUCCGACUCAUCAACCUCUUGACACACCUUCGAAGGUUGCUAUAGAAUCCAAGCCUGCCACCGGAGCAGCACCCAGUAUGCCCGCAACCCCGAGUCAACAGCCGCAAACGAACCCAGCAUUUUCCAUGUCCGAGAAAGAAGUCCGAGACUUCGUGGCUAGUAACAACACCGCCAAGGAAAUUUUGAGGUCCAACAUCACACGGCUCGCUGGUAUUCAAACCCAAAAGGUGAAAGAUGAACAUGCAAAGGAGACACAGAAGCUUAUCGAUGACCAUGCACAGGCAUUGGCCGAUGCGUUGCAAAAGGCUGAAGCCGCAAAAAUAAAUGCAGUCACCAUGGAGACCAAGAAGUCGGCGUUGAGAAUCAACAUGACGGAAAACAAGGUUCGGAACGCUACGGGAAAACUGGACAUUGUGGAGAAGGCUGCCCAAGAAACUCCAGAGCGACCUGUUGGAGAGGUGUGGGAGGAUGUCAAGGCGUGGAAGCCGACAAUGCCUGCACCGGCUGCCAUUGCUGCACCGGUCGCACCGGCUGCACCUGCCCCAGCUCCUGAACCCGUUGCACAACCAAAUGGCUCAGCUGGUUCGAAUCCUGCACCAGCCGUGGUCAAACUCGAAUCCGUAGCUUCGCUGCCGCUGCCGCCGGUUCCGCUAAACGAACAGCUACCUCAGCAGCGUCGGGCAUCACAAGUACUGAAUACUGCACUGGUACAGAACGGCGCGACGGCUAACCCUCCUAGCAACCUUCCAAAUGCACCCGUUAACAAUCAGCAGCGUUCAUCUUCAAUCCCAAUGAUGCGCGGAAAUUCUUCUGUCCGAGGGCGUGGGGGAGGACCCCAAAUUUAUCAAGCACGUGGAGGUGCCGGUGGACAAGGAGGACAGGGUGGCAGAGGCAGGGGUAGAGGCGGACCGCAAGGAGGCGGACAGCAAGGAGGCGGACCGAAUGCUCACGCUCCCCCGUACAGCCCAAAUGGGCAGGCAGGUACUAAGCGUGGUAGAGAAGAGGGUUCUAUUGGAGGUGGAGGCCAACAGCACGGAGCUAAGCGACCUCGGGGCGGAUGA